AUGGCUCCCGCAAACACGCUCCCCGCCUGGGCUGAGCUUCAGGCCCAUCGCGACAACGUGGGCAAGAACUUUGUCCUCAAGGACGCCUUUGCCUCUGACUCGGACCGCUUCGACCGCUUCUCUCGCACGUUUUCCUCGGACGACGUCUCGGCCGACAUCCUUUUUGACUUUAGCAAGAACUUCCUGACCGAGGACACGCUCAACCUUCUCAUCAAGCUCGCCGAGCAGAUCAACUUUACGGAGAACCGUGCCGUCUUCCACCCGGCCCUGCGCAACGUCAGCGGUGUCGAGAUGAAGGUCGACGGCCAGGAUGUCAUGAACUGCCCCGGCGGCGUCAACGACGUCCUCAAGCACAUGAAGGAGUUCUCCGGCCAGCACUCAGACCCGGAGACGACUCUCUUCCUCGUCGCCUCAAAGACCUUUACCACGGCUGAGACGACGACCAACGCAAACACGGCCAAGGCCUGCUGGGUCGGCGGCCGCUACUCGGUUUGGAGCGCCAUUGGCCUCAGCGUCGCCAUCUACGUCGGCUUCGAGAAUUUCCACAAGUUCCUCAGCGGUGCCCAUGCCAUGGACCAGCACUUCCGCAAGACUCCCAUCAAGGACAACAUUCCUAUCCUCGGCGGCCUGCUCAGCGUCUGGUACUCGGACUUUUUCCAGGCCCAGACUCACCUCGUUGCGCCGUUCGACCAGUAUCUCCAUCGCUUUCCGGCCUAUCUGCAGCAGCUCUCCAUGGAGUCAAACGGCAAGUCAAUCUCGUCUGACGGAUCGUCGGUCAAGUACACAACUGGCCCCAUUCUUUUUGGCGAGCCCUGCACCAACGCCCAACACUCCUUCUUCCAGCUUGUGCACCAGGGCACCAAGCUGAUCCCCACCGACUUCAUCCUCGCCGCCCAGUCGCACAACCCCAUGGCCCACAACCUCCACCAGAUGCUCGCUUCCAACUACUUCGCGCAGGCCGAGGCCCUUAUGGUUGGCAAGACUGACGACCAGGUCAAGGCGGAAGGAACCGCGAGCGACCUCGUGCCCCAUAAGCGCUUCCUCGGCAACCGCCCGACGACGUCGAUCCUCGUCGGGGCUCCAUAG